GCCCCGCCCUCGGGGCCCGGAUCCGCCUCAAUCCCGGAAACAAAACCAACAGAGGCCGGAGGAGAGGUGAAAGAUCCCCACGCGGUGUGUGUGCAGGAUGGGUGGACAGCAGGAAGAGGAGCCGUCUGUGCGCUUGUUUCGGGAAUACCUGAGGAUCCGCACUGUCCAUCCUCAGCCAGACUACGAUGGUGCGAUUAAGUUUCUGGAGAGGAUGAGUGUGGAGCUGGACCUACCCUUGAAGAAAGUUGAGGUUCACCCAGGUCGGACUGUUGUCAUCAUCAGCUGGGAGGGGACGGACCCCAAGCUCAAAUCCAUUCUCCUGAAUUCCCACACGGAUGUGGUGCCUGUCUUUGAGGAGCAUUGGAAACACGACCCAUUUGCAGCUGUGAAAGAUGAGCAGGGCAAUAUUUAUGGCCGGGGGACACAGGACAUGAAGUGUGUCACCAUUCAGUAUAUCGAAGCAAUUCGGAGAUUGAAAUCAGAAGGGAAGCGAUUUCCACGGACAAUUCAUUUGUUGUUUGUUCCUGAUGAAGAAAUCGGGGGUGUGAACGGGAUGGCCAAGUUUGUCCAUUGUGAAGAGUUCCAGGCGAUGCGUGUCGGUUUUGGGCUCGAUGAAGGUUUGGCUAACCCCACUGAUGCCUUCACAGUCUUCUAUGGUGAGAGAAGCGUAUGGUGGGUCACCGUGCACUGCCCGGGCUGUCCAGGACAUGGCUCCCGCUUCAUAGAGAACACAGCUGCAGAGAAGCUGCGUAAAGUUCUGAAUUCAUUCUUGGACUUUCGAGAGAAGGAGAAGAAGAGGUUAGAUCUGAGUCAGUGCCUGACCCUGGGAGAUGUUACCACCAUCAACCUGACCUUAUUACAAGGAGGCGUCGCCUAUAAUGUUGUCCCCGAAGAGAUGAUGGCGAGCUUCGAUAUUCGCAUUCCCCCAACUGUGGAUCUGAAGGCCUUUGAAGAGCGAAUUAAGACCUGGUGUCAGGAUGCUGGCGAUGGAGUUGUGUACGAAUUUCACCAGAAAGGCAUGGACCAGUCAGUGACAUCUAUUGACAAGUCUGACCCCUGGUGGAACGCUUUCAGUAGCACAUGCCAGAAGCUGGACAUGACCCUGCAAUGUGAGAUCUUCCCAGCUGCCACAGACAGUCGAUACAUUCGUGCUAUGGGAUUCCCAGCGAUUGGAUUCUCGCCGAUGAACCGGACCCCGAUCCUGCUGCACGACCACAACGAGUUCCUCAACGAGAACGUCUUCCUGGCUGGCAUCACCAUUUAUACCGGGCUGCUGAGUGCCCUCGCCAGCCUGCCCCCCAUGCAGGCUGAUGCCUGAGCGACUGGGGAAGGAAGCGCGACCCCCCCCCUCCCCCUCACCCCGAAACCCACUGUCCCAAUUCCCCCUGCCCUCCCCCACCAACUGCUGCCCCCAUUCCCAUCCUGAAUUCUAGCUCCUCCUAACAGCAGCUUUGGAAUCCACACUGGUUUACCUCACUUUACUGAAUGUUUGGAUGAUCACUCAGGCUCUCAAUAGAUCGCCGUCAGCGUUUCCAAGGCGAUGGCGUGGCAUAAUAUGUUGAUUGUCUUAAUCUUCUUACACUUUUCAAUGGACUGGCCUUUACUUGGAAAAGAUUUCUAGCUUUUUAAAAUUAUAUUUGACUCUCCCCAUUGGACCUUCAUAAAGACAAUUGCCGUUCCACCUGACUCACCCGCCCUGUCGUCUUUACAUCCUUCCAUUGCUGUGACAGUUUUUAGUACCUCAGCACAAGUCUUCCUGUGUCAGACACUGAGCAUAGGUAGACUGUUCAACUGUGCAGGUCUCAUGGUAUGGUCUGAUUAAGUGUAGCUGUGUUCCUGGCAGGGGUUAUGGCCAAUACAAAUGUUCCUCUCCCCUGCUCUCCCUGUUCAGGAGAGAGUUGCAUCCCAAAGAGUGGGCAAGCUGAUAGAAAUGCUGUUGCUAAUGAGCAGCAAGAGACCAGGGAUCCUACAGUGGGUAACUCCCCUCCUGACUCCUCAAAGCUUGUUCACCAUCUACAAGGUCAGGAGUGUGAUGGAACACUUCCCCAAUUGCUUGGAUGGGUGCAGCUCCAAGACCACUGAAGCUUGAUACCACUCAGGGCAAAGCAGCCUACUUGAUUGACACUGCAUUCACAAACAUCCGCUCCCUCCACCACCGACGACGCUCAGUAGCAGCAGUGUGUGCUAUCUACAAGGUACACUGCAGAAAUUCACCAAAGAUCCUGAGACAGCCAAACCCAUGACUGCUUCCAUCUGGAAGGACAUGUGGAGCAGAUCCAGGGAGCUCCACCCUCUGCAAGUUCCCCUCCAAUCAUCUGGACAUCAAAAUCCUGGAAUUCCCUCCUUUCAGGAUACUGUGGACAUGGACUGCAGCAGUUCCAGAAGGUAGCUCACCAUCUCCUUCUCGAGAAUAACUGCCAAGAUAGCAGGGCACUGAUUGUCGAGACAACAGCAUGAUGUUGGGGAAUAUGUAAGGGAGGGGAAUGCUGUUCCCGGGAAUAUUAGGAAUUUAAUCUGAUUUAAAUAUGAUUUUGUUCUUGCAAAAUAAAGCUUGAUCGAAAACAAUAA